AUGAGCCGUUCCUUUCCGCCGUUCGUCACCCCGUCACAUGCCCGACAUGUAAUUGUGACUCUUCAUUGGCAUCUACCGAUACUCGUGUUUCCCCGUAUGUGUGCUGGCAAAUUUUCUUCAUUUCUUUUUCGGUUUAUCUACGUGGUUUAA